CCUCCUCCUAGCAUCAGGUUUCUGGUACUCCUUAGUGAUAGGGUCUGAUCUUACUCCUCUUCUUCUCCCCCAAAGGCUUCUCUUGUGCUAUUGCUGGCUCCCUCUUCCCCAACCAUUUCCAGGGAAUGUUCUGGGGAAAGGUUGAUUAAGUGAGAUAGUUUUGUUUGUUUUUUUUUUAAAGAGGAAAAAGUGAAUGGGAGGUAGCAAGCUCUCUUUACCCCAUUAGGCUCAGCUUUUUGGUCCCUGUCCUACUUGAUCCUCGGGGACUAAGAAAAAGAAGUAAAUUAAUUAAGGAAAUGUGGGGAAAACUGGACAUAACCUUAAACAGGAGAAUGAAGGAAUAGAUUAGAGGAUAGUUUGUUACAUGAAUUUUUAAUAAGAAAAAAGAGAAAAAAUGAAAAGACCACUAUGCCCGGAAAAAAGAAAGUACGGAAAGGAAAGGUCAAGGAAGAGAAGGUGGGGACAGAGAAGGAACGUGAGCAGCAGAAAGAUCUUCCUGUAUCAGAGAAUUAUGUAAUUGAAGUAUCAAAGUCUUCUCCCUCCAUCCCCUUGACAUCAGAUUCACCCUCACCCUCAGACUUAAAUGAAGUUGCAUCCUUACCUCCACGUGGAACUUUUGACUCCAUCAAUGGCAAGCAAAAAUUCAAAAGGGAUUCCUUCUUUCAGAGAUCCAUGCGGACAAUCAAUACUGGAUCCACUUUUAUCAGAAAUGAAAAGAAAAAAAUUAGUGUCUUCAUUUCAGAGGCAACACAGAACACCGUAACGACGGUAAAUGAAGUGCUUGGAAAUAUCAGAUCUAUUACAUUACAAAGCAAAACAAUUCCCUCACAUAUAUCUGAAGGAAGAAACAUUAAAAUGUCCUUCAUUGAAGAGUUUGAGGAGGAAGACUAUAUUGAGCAAAGCCAGCUUAAAGAAGCUAUACAAUAUGUUGUGAUGUCCAUCACUUUCAGGUUAUUUAGUAUUUUAUUGAUCUUCAUUCAUAUUGCAGUACUGGUUGCAGGUUUAUCCCUGACUCCUAAGGGUACAACGUUACCUUUAGUCUAUCGUAUAUUUUUUUUACUUUUUGGUCUCUUCUUCCUUGCUGAUGUGCUAUUUCAAGUCUUUUUAGAAGGAGCAGUGAAAUAUUUUUCUUCAAUAAUCAAUACAAUAGAUCUCCUUUCUAUUUUGUCAUUCCUGAUGGUGGAUAUAGUUUAUCUUUAUUUUGAUAUUGGAGGAAUUCCUCAAAUCCCCACGGUGACAUUUCUUCUUAAAACUUUAAGACUUUUUGUUCUAAUAAAAGUAUUCCAACUGGCCAGUGAGAAAAAUAAACUUGAAAAAGCAGCUAGAAAGUUGGUUUCAGAAAACAAAAGACGUUAUAGGAAAGAUGGAUUUGAUCUGGACCUCACUUACAUUACUGAUAAUGUUAUUGCCAUGUCCUUUCCAUCAUCUGGAAGUCGGUCACUCUAUAGAAACCCCAUUAAAGAAGUUGCAAGAUUCCUGGAUACAAAACAUAAAGACCACUACAAGAUCUACAAUUUAUGCAGUGAGAAAACGUAUAACCCUUCACAUUUCCAUAACAGGGUAGAAAGAUUCCCUAUUGAUGAUCACAAUGUCCCCACCAUAAUUGAUAUGCUGAAAUUUGUGGACAGUGUAUUUGAAUGGAUGGAAAAGGAUCCAAAAAAUAUAAUUGUAGUUCACUGUAUGGGAGGCAAAGGCAGGACUGGAACUAUGAUCUGUAUUUGGCUUAUUGCUAGUGAACAUUUUAAUACUGCAAAGGAAUCCCUAGAAUAUUUUGGAAAGAGAAGAACAGAUACAGCUUCUAGCUCCAAAUAUCAAGGAGUAGAGACUCCUUCACAGAGAAGAUACAUUGAAUAUUUUGCCCUGAUAAAGAACAAGUACCUUUGGGCUGUCCCUCAAUCUAAGACACUGAAGAUAUCUUCCAUCAUUAUUCAUUCAAUUCGAGGAAUUGGAAAAGGUAAUGGAACAGAUCUGAAAAUAGUAAUAAUUGUGAAUAAAAAAAUUGUUCACACUUGUGUGUGUUCAUCUUUAAAGAGCUGUCAGAUAUUGCAUGAUGUUGAAAAUAAUUUGAUAAAUAUCAAGCUAAAAACCUGUCCAGACCUCAGUGGUGAUGUGAAAAUUAAGUUUUUCUCCAGUUCCGCCCUUCCUAAACUAUAUGAGAAGUGUCCAUUUUUCUUUUGCUUCAAUACAGCAUUUAUAGAAAAUAACAGGCUCUAUCUUUCCAGAAAUGAAUUGGAUAAUCCCCAUAAACAAAAAACAUGGCAUAUUUACCUUGAAGAUUUUGCAGUGGAAUUACUGUUUAGUAAUGCGUGAUCUACACAAGUAUAUAUUUGUUUAAAUGUUAUUCCCUUCUAUUAAAGAAUCAUGUUCCUCUGAACCCCUUAUUAUAUAGAAGCAUCUUCUAAAUCUACAUUUCUUUGUUAG